GCUGCCAGCGAUCAGUUGCAGACGGUCAGUCGAGCGAGACAGUUGUGUGCGCGGCGGUGUUGGAAAACCGAACCCGAAUCCGAAUCUCUGAAAAGCCAGCCAAGCUCAGGCCAGAAUCCACAAUCCACAAUCGGCUCGACUCGAAUCGAAACGAAUCGAAUCGCCACAAACAAAAAAACAAAACAGAUCUGAAAAAAUGAAGUUCGUGAUUUUACUGUGCGUGCUGAGCGCGUUGCUGCUGCAAAUCGAGGCAUCGCCCCUUCAGCGACUUUCCAGGAGCGAGCGGGCUGUUUCCCGGCAGCAGGCGGUCAACAAUGAAGUGGCUCCGGCGGUGGCUCCUGCCAGCGAUGAUGAUGAGGAUGACGAUGACGAGGACGACGAUGAUGAGCCCGAUCUAGGAGAUCUGAUCGAUGACGAUGAUGUUCUUUUGAUUUCGGGACUUUCAGAUGAUGAUGAGGAGGAGGACGACGACGACGACGAGGAGGAUGACACGCCCCAGGGUCAAGCUGCCCCGGCGGCAACUGCCAGCGAUGAUGACGAGGAGGAGGACGAUGACGAUGAUGAUUAUCUGGACAGGCUGUUCGAUGACAUCCUGGGAGAUGAUGAUGAUGAGGAUGACGACGACGAGGUGGCUCCCGCUGCCAGUGCCCCACAGAACGCCGCUGCCGCCGCUCCCGCCCAAACCCUGGAUGAGGUUGCACCCGCUGCCGCCUCCUCCGUGAGCGCCGGCAUCUCCGAUGGCGUGGAUCUGCCCGCCGAGUCCGGAAAUGUGGCGGAGCCCGUGGCCGCCGGAAAUGCCGCCGAUGAGUCCGUGUCCGCUGCCGUUGCCCCGGCAGCCGCUGCCAGCAACUCCGAAGGUAUCGCCGGUGACGACGACGAGGAGGCCGACGAUGAUGAUGACGAUGACGACGAUGACAUUAUCGGCGAUGACAUCAUCGAGGCCCGCCGCGAAGCACGUGACCUAAAGAACAACGUCAUCGACAUGUCCACGGAUGCGUUCCAGGCACGUCACAACCACUUCAUCGACGCCAUCUUCUCGAGGAUCAAUCGCAUCGUGGCCGACAACUAUGAUCCCUACGUGGUCAAUCUCACGGGUCGCUUGGCCUCUGGCCCCGCGAGUGGGUCAACGGUCAAGGCCGCCACCAAGAAGCAGUCCACCAACAGCAAGGUCGGGGGACACAAGAAGUUGAAGAACACGCGUUCGGAGCCUCGUUCCGGCCAUUCGAACCAGGAGGCUGCGGUGAAGCUGCAGGAGCAAUUGACGCAAUUACAGUCCGAGCUGGCCAUCAAAGCCGUUGAAAAGAGGCCCGUUGAAUCGACCUCUGACCCCGUUUCCCCACCCGCUGCCUCUGCAUCCGAUUCGGAGUCACCGAAGGCGGAAACGCGCACCGUUUCGGGACAGAAGAGUCAAAAGAAGUCCUCGAACAAGCAGAACACGAAAAAGGCGGCUGGCCUAAAAUCAGGUAACUACAAUCAGCCCGCUGGUGGAUCCAGCAAGGCAGGACAAUCGGGAGUGGCGGUGGAGAAGCUGCAGAAGGCGGAGGGCAGGCUCUCCGGAUUGGCAUCCUUGAAGCGAGUGGGCAAUGUGAAGGUGAUCAGUGAUGCCGAGGGACGCAACUCGACAAUCAAGGCCAAGUUUACUCUGGGUCCGCUGAUCCUGCGAGUGGAGAAGUCCUUUAAGAAGGGCAGUGUGAGGAGCGUGAAGAGUGCCACUGCCAGGACGAACGAGAUGAUGGGACGCAUCAAGUUCAGUGUGCUCGACGAUCGGGCCACCCUGAUGUCCAUCAAGGUGCAGCAGCCGAAGCAGGUGGAGGUGGAGAGCAAGGACAAUCACGACCGCACCCGCGAAUUUGUGUGGCGACGCACGCCCAAAAUCGCCAAAUUGGUCAACGAGAAACUCAAAUUGGCCGCCGAAUCCUUGUUUGCCCCUCAGGGCGUCGAAGUUGUCAGGCUCUAAAGGGAGAGUCCUUUAAAAGUGGAGGGUCCUCGAGCGUAAAAGCCAUUUCUCACUGCUCUGCUCUCUCAGCUGUAGUCUACGCCUAAUUGUAAUGCCUAAUUUAUUUAUUUAUUUAACUUAUUUACCCGUCUAUUUAUCAACCCAUCUAUCGAUAAUAAAUCAACUCUGACUAUGCAAA